ACAAAAAUCCGUCGGGAGAUCACUCGACCGCUUCAGCCAAACGACUACGUUCGUACCACGAGACGAGAUCGAUCGCGAAACAAUGGGCUGCACCAUGAGCAGGUUCAUCAAGGCGACGGUCGCGGUCGUCUUGAUGGUAAUGAUCUUCACCUCCGGCGCAAUGGCAGCCGGCAACUUAGACGCCACCCGGAUCAAGCAGCUGCCGUUGUCGGACGGACUUCUCCAAGGGCCAGAGAGCGUCGCCUUCGACGCCCAAGGCCACGGCCCGUACAGCGGCGUCUCCGACGGCCGUAUUUUAAAGUGGAACGGCGACAAGAUAGGCUGGACCACUUACGCAUAUGGCCCCGGCUACGACGAGGACAUGUGCAGGGCUUCGUAUUUCCGCCCGGCAACUUCCACGGAGAGUAGAUGCGGCCGGCCGCUUGGCCUACAGUUUCACCAUAAGUCCGGCGAUCUAUACGUGGCCGACGCCUACAAGGGGCUCAUGCGGGUUGGUCCUGGUGGAGGGGAGGCAACCGUAUUGGUCAAUGCGAUUGAUGAUCUACCUCUCCGCUUCACCAACGGGGUCGACGUCGACCAGGUCACCGGCCAAGUAUACUUCACCCACAGUUCUAUGAACUACGACAGGACAGACCACGAGAUGGUCACGAGGUCAGGGGACUCAACGGGGCGCCUCAUGAGGUACGACCCACACACCGGCGAUGUCGCGGUGCUCCAAACACGCCUGGCGUACGCGAACGGCGUCGCCAUCAGCACCGAUCGGACGCAUCUCAUCGUCGCGUCUACGGGGCCGUGCAAGCUGCUGAGGCACUGGAUCGAUGGGUCCAAGGCGGGGACGUUUGAGCCGUUUGUCGAUCUCCCGGGCUACCCCGAUAACGUGAGGCCCGACGGGAGGGGAGGUUACUGGGUGGCGUUGCAUGGCGAGAAGAAUGAAUUGCCGUUUGGACCCAAUAGCCACCUGCUUGCUGUGAGGGUCGGAGCGGACGGCAAGAUCGUCGAAGAGAUGAGGGGGCCCAAGCGUGUUCAACCGGCAGAGAUCAUCGAAAGGGGCAACGGCAAGAUUUACAUCGGUUCUAUUGACCUCCCAUAUGUGGGCGUGGUCACUCGGAAGUAGGAAGUGCGGAAUAAUAUAUA